AUGAGACGGUGCUUCUUGAAGUUGAAGGAAGCGAUCGUUCCGGCCGUGUUCAUUGCACUGUCGGUGGUCAGAUUUGUCGAUGCGUCCUGCGAAUGCGGAUUUUCCAUGAGCGACUCAAAAGAUUACUUCACACAUGUCAUACACAACAAUUUCAGCACACUCUCGCCAUCGAAAACACUUAAUAAAAUCCCAGAUUUUGCCAGCGACUGGCAAGUUCAGCAAUGGGGUAUUCCUCCAGGGAGCGCAGCAACCCCUUUGGCCAUCGAUAACAUGGCAGACAACGUCUUCGUGCGCGAUGGGAACCUAGUUCUGAGACAACAGGGGUAUUCGAAGAAAGAUAUCCUGAAAGCCAGAAAUGUGAGCGUGGCUUCGAUCGCAACCGCAAGUGGCGACAUUAUCCAUGGAAGUUUUCGAGUUGAGCUUAAGAUGGAAAAUGCACACGGCGGAAGUUGUGGUGCAUUCUUUUGGUAUCGUGUAAACUUCUCCCAUUCUCAGGCGGAAACUUUGGGGAAACAGGACGAUGAGAAUGAAAUCGAUAUUGAAAUUCUCGCGAGGGAGUUCAAGCAAGAUGCGAUUCCAGUCCAUUAUACAUCGCACCCGUCACUCGACGAGAGGGGACAACCCAUCAAAAACGCCACAAAAGUGAUCCCAUUUCGGGGUGACGAUCUUCUGAACUCCUUCCAAAGACAUCGGUUCGAUUGGACCAGCAAGGAAUUACGAUUUUACCAAAACAUGACGCAGGUGCAUACAAACUCCUUGCGGAUCCCAAAUGCUUCUGGGCAUGUGUAUUUGAACGUUUGGGCAGACGGCGGAAUGUGGACUGGUCCUCCCAGUUCAACCGAUGUAUUUCUGAAGGUCAGGUCGGUCGCCAUAUACCACAAUACAUCCGCAAGUGACAAAGGACUCGACGAGGCAUUUAACCAUAGGUGCGAGAAGGCGGGAGGACCAUCAAGUGCUACUAUAUGUUCCGACACCGGCGUUGAAAGUGGGGGAGUAGACCCAGCGUCAAUCGACCCAAAGUCAUCAAAUCCAAAACCAUCGGCGUCGGGGAGGGUCCGCUUGCGGGUUUGGAUCCUUUUGUUGCUAUGUUCGGUUUUUGGCAUUUUUAUUUCGACCGUUUGA